CAGAGCGGCAGCUGCGUGCCGACGUGUCUGCUCUGGAAAAGAACGACUACCACCUGAAAUCGCUGGAGGCGGACGCCGACACGGAGCUGCAGCUGCGACAGAAAAUGGCCGAGAGGGCCGAGGCAGAGAUGUCUCAACUGGAGCAGGAUAAACAGAGACAGGAUGACCUGAUUGCUCGCCUGUCAUCGGACGCCGACCGUCUGCGCACGGCCCUUCGUCUGAACCCGGUACAGACGGGCGUCCAGACGGAGCAGGCCAACCUGCAGCCGGACAGGUGCUGCCAGAGGCGCAGCUCCAACUCGAGACGAUCGUCGGCGCCGUCAGACUCGACGGACGUCCCCGACAACAGACGUCUCCAGCGACGCGUCUCCGACCGUCAUCGAGUACCGCCACGUCGACACACUGCCGGAGCAGGUGCAGCACGUCCAGACGGCCCGAUUCCGUCUCCAGUACGGCCGAUCGGUGCUGGAGCACCUGGAGGGGAUCGGCACCGACUGGCUGUGACCGGCCGAGGCCGUCCAACGACGCCGAUGGAGGAUGGACCGGCCGACGCCCGCAACGAGCGGCGCCACGCGUGCCAGCGCUGUGGCCAGCAGCUGGGAGCACUCCAGGAGCAGAUCGUGCACAGACAUGGCGAGAUUGGCGAUCGUCUGGAGGCCGACAGGGAGAGGGAGCGGCAGCUGCGUGCCGACGUGUCUGCUCUGGAAAAGAACGACUACCACCUGAAAUCGCUGGAGGCGGACGCCGACACGGAGCUGCAGCUGCGACAGAAAAUGGCCGAGAGGGCCGAGGCAGAGAUGUCUCAACUGGAGCAGGAUCAACAGAGACAGCGUGUAGAUUAG